UAUAAAAAGGUAGCGGGAAGUGGAGGAGGCAUCAGCAUCUCCCUGCACUCCCCAGCCUUCACUGCUUCCUCCUCUCCUCUCCUCAAUCAUCGACGAGUUCUAAGUCCCUCACUCGACUCGAAAACCUCUCUUGGUCUUCAACGAAACGAAACAAUGAAGACGAUGCGGCAGCUGGUGUUCGCAGCUCUGAUCGGAGCCUGCCUGGCGGUCAACCUUAAUUACCUGACACCCACCAACGGCUUCAACGGCAACGGCGCCAACGGGAAUGGAUACAACGGCAAUGGUGUCAACGGCAAUGGCUUUAACGGAAACGGCCGCAACGGUAAUGGCAACGGCGUCACUGGCAAUGGAUACAACGGCAAUGGAGUUAACGGAAAUGGGUUCAACGGGAAUGGCGUGAACGGGAAUGGCUACAACGGGAAUGGCGUGAACGGGAAUGGCUUCAACGGAAACGGUGUCAACGGGAAUGGCUACAAUGGCAAUGGAGUGAACGGCAACGGAUUCACCAACGGAGUCAACGGUAACGGAUAUGGCAACGGCAACGGUUUCAACGGCAACGGGUUCAACGGUGUUGUUAAUGGGUACGGCGUGGACCCCAUCACCGCCCUCAGCAGUGCCAUCGGCGGCGGCGGAGUGGCGGGAGUCGACUACCCCAUCCUUGCCUCCGUUCCCUUCACUGGCUUCUCCUGCGCUGGUCAGAUUCCCGGGUACUACGCCGACACCGCCCCCGAGGCUGGCUGCCAGGUGUUCCACAUCUGCCAAGCUGACGGCCGCCAGGACUCCUUCCUCUGCCCCAACGGCACCGUGUUCAACCAGCAGUACUUCGUGUGUGACUGGUGGUACAACUUCGACUGCUCCACCGCCGCCCAGUUCUACGGCCUCAACGCAAACAUCGGAGUCGUCAACGGCGCCAACGGAUACGGCAGCAGCAGCGUGGUCAACGGUAUCAUCAACGGUAACGGAAUCCUGAACAACAGAGGCAACGGCUAUGGCAAUGGAAAUGGCGCCAACGGCAAUGGAUUCGUCAAUGGCAACGGAUAUGGCUACAGGAACGGCGCCAACGGCAACGGAGUUAAUGGCGUGAACGGUGCCAACGGAUACAACGGAGUCAACGGCAACGGUGCUAACGGAUACAACGGUAACGGAGUCAACGGGAUUAAUGGUAACGGUGCCAACGGAUACAACGGUAACGGAGUCAACGGGAUUAAUGGUAACGGUGCCAACGGAUACAACGGAAACGGAGUCAACGGCAAUGGCGCCAACGGAUACAACGGAAACGGUGCCAACGGUUUCAACGGCAAUGGAGUCAACGGAGUCAAUGGCAAUGGCGCCAACGGAAACGGCUAUGGAUACAGGAAUGGCAACGGAGUUAAUGGCGUGAACGGUGCCAACGGAUACAACGGAAACGGAGUCAACGGCAAUGGCGCCAACGGAUACAACGGAAACGGUGCCAACGGUUUCAACGGCAACGGCGCCAACGGAUACAACGGCAACGGCGCCAACGGAGCUAACGGUUUCAACGGCAACGGCGCCAACGGAGCUAACGGUUUCAACGGCAACGGCGCCAACGGAAGGAACGGUUACGGCAACAGGAACGGUGUCAACGGCAAUGGCAACGGAAGGCCAAACGGGCUGUACCAAACACCAGCAUUCUAAAUGAUGAUGAGGAAUUAACUAUUUAACUAUCUCUCUCUCUCUCUCUAUCUCUCUCUCUCUCUCUCUCUCUCUCUCUCUCUCUCUCUCUCUCUCUCUCUCUCUCUCU